AUGCGGGCCUUCCUCGACGAUCUGGAAGCGAUCGACCCGGGGUUGGCGUUGCCGUGGGUCUCGACUGCCGAGUUCGACAAAGUGCCAGCAGAUCUCAGCGUGGACGGGUUGGUGCGAAUCUUCGAGCAUUCCCGCUCGAAGGAGAUGGGGUAUUCGGACACCCCGGGACCGGGCUACGACGUCGACUUGUCACCCGAAGACGGGACCGCGCGGCGGAUCAUCGCCAGGGUCGGCGGGCUGGAAACCAGUGCCCCCAACAGUGUCCGGGUGUCGUUGCCGACGGAGAAGGAUGUUCCCCCGAAUUGCGACGGUUGCUCGAACCGGAUGUCGGGGACGCGAUCA